CUAUUCAUGCACCCCCCGUUUUGAUAAACAAUCGGACGGGCAGGGCGGGUUCGUGAUCAUUUUGUGCAAUUAUUUAUCGUUAAUUCUAGGUUUUAGCUUCGAUGAGAAUACCAAAGAACUUGGCCACGUAACAGCGAAAUGUCCUCGAAUGUGAUGUCCCGGCUGCUGGUGCUCUCAUCGGUUGGCAUCGGAGGAUAUUUUACCGGCAGUUAUCUCGAACGGCGAAGACUCGUUGAACAUUCUGCUGGCUGCGAAGAUUAUGUAAACGCCGGUAGACAACAGACGGUGACUCCACGGGGCAUUUGUCCGAAACCGGGCCUUCCGAUAUUUGGAACCGUAUCGGCGGCCUCGCUCAUACCAUCCUCGGACCAAACGCCCGCUGCUCCAGCGAGCGUUAACCGCGUGGGUCAGAUUAUGAAAUAUGGAUUCCCGGGACUGGACAACAUACGCUCGUUUGACGAUUAUGUCCUAUCGUACGACCGGAGGACACGGGUGGCCCACUGGGUGUUUGAGCAUAUGACACCGGACUCGGUCCGACCGAACGAUGCGGUCGAUCGGGCCAAAUCCGAUUUUAAACCGGACGAGAGCAUACACCCGUUCUUCCGGUCGCUUAACAGCGAUUACAAGGGUUCCGGGUUCGACCGGGGUCACCUGGCGGCCGCCGGUAACCAUCGAUCCGAACAGAAACAUUGCGAUCAAACCUUUUUCCUCUCGAACAUGGCACCACAGGUCGGGGCUGGGUUUAACCGGGACAAGUGGAACCAUUUAGAGCGGUACGUCCGGAAGCUAACGAAAGACCAUCCGAACGUGUACUGCUGCACGGGACCGCUGUAUCUGCCACGAAAGGAGGCCGACGGGAAGCUGUACGUUCGCUACCAGGUGAUCGGAGCAAGCAACGUUGCCGUGCCAACGCACUUCUACAAGGUGGUCGUCAUGGAGACGAAGGGCGGCCAGCUCGAGAUGGAAGCGUACGUGCUGCCGAACCAAAAGAUCGAUGAUGCUACCCCGCUGGCCGCAUUCCAGGUGCCACCAGAAACAAUAGAAAGAGCUGCCGGUUUGUUGUAUUUCGAUAGAAUAGCUCGGGACAAGCUGAGCAAAAUCAAUGGCAAGAAAGUGUGA